AAAACUGAUUAAUCCGCGCGCGGACAAUAAAUCGAUGUUAUGUACUUGCCAUGGAUUUCUAUGUCAGGGCUACUAAAAAUUGUCAAACAAAAUUCAUAAAAAAAAAAACAAAAAAUAAUUAUUUUUAAUAUUUUAAUCUUGAACAAAAUUAAGAGUAGUCGGAGGGAGAUGAUCUAUGGCUGGAAAAGGGGAGAUCAUCCAAAUACAUAUUGGCCAGGCGGGGGUGCAGAUAGCCAAUGCCUGCUGGGAGCUCUAUUGCCUGGAGCAUGGCGUCAUGGCCAAUGGCCGUUUGAUGCAACAGCCAGCGGAUGACUCGUUUCUGACCUUCUUUGAGUGCACCAGCCAGCAGUCAUGCGUACAGCCCAGACUUGUAAUGAUCGACACCGAGCCCACGGUUAUUGAUGAAAUCCGCACGGGCGCCUAUAAGAAUCUCUUUCAUCCGGACACGCUCAUCAGUGGCAAGGAUGACAGCGGCAGCAACUUUUCGCGUGGCUAUAAUCUGAUGGCCAGUGAGCUAUUGGAUCGCGCCAUGAAUGCUAUCAGACGCGUGGCCGAUCGUUGUAGAAGUCUACGGGGUUUUCUGGUCUAUCGGGCGAUUGGCGGUGGCACCGGCUCCGGUCUGGGCACACGCAUCAUGGAGAAACUAGUCGAGGAUUUUGGCAAAAAGAUGACCAUUGUGGAGUUUCUGGUGUAUCCAUCGCCAUCCAUAUCCCCUGUGAUUGUGGAGCCCUACAAUGCGCUGCUGGCCACACACUUCUCGAUGGACUGUGCGGAUGUCUCGUUCAUUGUGGACAACGAGGCGCUCUAUGAUAUCUGUGCCAAUACGCUGAGUGUGCCCGCACCCACCUACACCAAUUUGAAUCGCAUUAUUGGCCAAGUGGUGGCCGGAUUUACGGCCUCGCAGCGCUUUGGCGGUCAGUCCAGCGUUAGCUUUCAGGAGCUGCAAACAAAUCUGGUGCCAUAUCCGCGCAUCCAUUAUCCGCUGAUCAAUUACGCGCCACUGGUGCCCCACUCACACUCGCAGUUCGUCAAUAUGUCGACGGCCCAGCUGACGGGGCAAUGCUUUCAGAUGAGCAAUCAAAUGGUGCGCUGCAAUCCAUCGCAUGGCAAAUACAUGGCCUGUGUGCUGCUCUAUCGCGGCGACAUUGCCACCAAUGAGAUCAACUUGGCGCUGGAGAAUAUCAAGCGAACGCGAUCCUUUCGCUUUGUGGAUUGGUCACCCACCGGCUUCAAGAUUGGCGUUAGCAGCAUGCCGCCAGCGUAUGUGCCCGGCGGCGAUUUGGCGCCCACGAACAGCGCCUGCGUGGCCGUUUCGAAUAACACAAACAUACGGAUCGCCUGGUGUCGGCUGGUCAAUAAGUUCGAUAAGCUUUAUCAGCGGCGCGCCUUUGUCUACCACUAUGUGGGCGAGGGCCUGGAGGAGGGGAAUUUCAGCGAGGCAUCCGAGAAUAUUUGCCAGCUAGUACACGAUUAUCUGGAGGUGGAUCAGACGGCACCAAGUACGCCACGCGGCGGCGACGUCGACGACGAUAUGGAUUCAUUGGGCUCUGAUCAUUAAAAUUGGCUCUACCCUGCCUACCAUAAUAAAAUUCAU